AGCCCAGUGGCCGCCCGCAGCUCCCAGUCCGCCCGCCCGCCCGUCCGUCGGGCCGCAGCCCAGCAUGCAGCUCCAGCCGGCUCCUCGCGCCCGCGCCGACCCGCCAGAGAUGGCAACCGCCGCGGGCCUGGCCCCGGCGGCGGAGAAGCUGAAGGCCCGCCUGAAGAAGACGCUGCCCGUGCGGGGCCCGCAGGCGCCCACCCUGCGCGAGCUGAUGCGCUGGUACUGCCUGAACACCAACACCCACGGGUGCCGCCGCAUCGUGGUCUCCCGCGGCCGCCUGCGCCGCCUGCUCUGGAUCGCGCUCACCCUGACGGCCGUGGGCCUCAUCCUGUGGUACUGCGCCCAGCUGGUCCUCAACUACUACACGGUCUCCGUCUCCGUCACCGUCCAGUUCCACAGGCUGCCCUUCCCCGCCGUCACCAUCUGCAACAUGAACCCCUACAAGUACAGCGCCAUCAAGAGUCACCUGGAAGAGCUGGACAAGCUGACCAUGAAAGCCCUGGAGUCCCUGUGUCUGGAAACUUCUCAGGCAGCCACCCCUCCCGGGCCCACGGAGCCUCCAGGCGCCAAGAGACAGGAGUGCAUGGACCUUGCCACGGGGCACCGGCGGCGGAUGGCUGGCACGGUGGUCGUCCCAGAAGGCUCCACCAUGGUGAAGAAUCCCAAAGAUAUUGUGGGCUUUCAACUGUGUGACGCCAACAACAGCAGCAGCUGCAUCCUUUACAUGUUCAGCUCUGGGGUCAACGCCAUCCAGGAAUGGUACAAGCUGCACUACAUGAACAUCAUGGCCCAAAUCGACAACAAGGAGAAAGAGCAGAUGAGCUACUCGGCGCAAGAGCUCCUGCUGAGCUGCUCCUUCGACGGCAUGUCCUGCGAUGCCAGGAACUUCACCUCCUUCCACCACCCGCUCCAUGGGAACUGCUACACCUUCAACAGUGGGAAGGACAGUCCAGUCCUCAACACGUCCACUGGAGGCAGCGAGUAUGGCCUGCAGGUGAUCCUGUACAUUGAGGAAGCGGACUACAACCCCUUCCUGGUGACCUCCACGGGGGCCAAAAUUGUGAUCCACGGCCAAGACGAAUACCCCUUCAUCGAGGACAUCGGCACCGAGAUCGAGACGGCCACGGCCACCUCCAUCGGGAUGCACUUUACAAAGUCCACCCGGCUCAGCAAGCCCUACAGUAACUGCACCGAGGAUGGGAAAGACAUCCCCGUGGAAAACCUGUACAACAAAAACUACUCUUUGCAGAUCUGCCUCCACUCCUGUUUCCAGAAGCUGAUGGUGGAGCAGGAUGCGGCUGCCUUGCCAAAUUGCAGUCUGCAGCCCCUGCUAUACCCAAACUGGAUGUUCUGCUACUACAAACUCCACAAGGAAUAUGUGAAAGAGAAGCUGAAUUGCCAGCAGAUCUGCAAGGAGGCCUGCAGCUUGAAGGAAUGGACCCUCACGACCAGCCUGGCACAGUGGCCGUCGACCGUGUCCGAGGAAUGGAUGCUGAAGGCGCUCUCUUGGAACAGAGGAACGGACAGCGGCACCGUCUUGAACAAGACAGACCUGGCAAACCUCAUGGUGUUCUACAAAGAUCUGAACGAGAGGCUCAUCUCGGAGAACCCAGCAAAUAAUAUCGUGCUCCUCCUCGCCAACUUUGGGGGCCAGCUGGGCCUGUGGAUGAGUUGUUCAAUGGUCUGCGUCAUCGAGAUAAUCGAGGUCUUCUUCAUCGACACCUCCUCCAUCAUCUUGCGCCGCCGCUGGCAGAAGGCCAAGAAGUGGUGGCGAGACUGGAGAGGCGGGGCGGGCCAGGAGCCCGGGGCGGGCCCCGAGGAUGGUCCCCAGGGUCACGACAACCCCGCCUGCAGCGGAGACGACGACCUGCCCACCUUCAACACGGCUCUGCAGCUGCCCUUGUCCCCGGCCGGCUUGGCCCCCCGGACUCCUCCGCCCAACUACAGCACCUUGCACCUGGACAGCGCCUUUGAGAAGCAGAUGCCGGACACCUGCGAGGGGGGUCAGGCGCCCUAAGGACCACGCUGGGCACA